AUGCCAGAGGGAUCCACGGAAGAGCUCCACAGCAGCCCACCCUGCGAGAGCCAAGUGACGGAGCCUGCUGGGCUGCUGGCUGCCAGCAGCAGCAGGACAAUGGUGACAGGAGGUGGAGGCUACCUGGGAUACAAUCUGGGAUGUGCCCUUGUUAACUCGGGAAUUGCUGUUGUGCUGUUUGAUGUUCGGAAACCUAAAUGGGAAAUUCCAAACGGAGCGGAUUUUUUCAAGGGUGAUGUGAGGGAUUACGAAGCAGUGUUCAAAGCAUGUGAAGGGGUUGACUGUGUUUUCCAUGUAGCUGCAUGUGGAAUGUCAGGAUUGGAACAACUUCAAAAGAAAGAACAGAUUGAAUCCAUAAAUGUUGGAGGCACAAAAAUAAUAAUUGAUGUCUGCAAACAAAGAAAUAUCCCUAGACUGAUAUAUACCAGUACAGUGAAUGUGGUGUUUGGAGGGAAUCCUAUUGAAGAAGGAGAUGAAGAAACUGUACCGUAUUUUCCACUGGAAAAGCAAUUUAAUCAUUAUUCCAGAACCAAGGCAAUUGCAGACCAAAUGGUUCUUGCUGCUAAUGGAACUUUACUCAAAGGAGGGGACAAGCUCCACACGUGUGUGCUUCGCCCGCCGGGCAUCUACGGACCAGAAGAGCAGCGGCACCUGCCUCGAGUAGCCAUAAAUAUCCAGCGGAGACUUUUUAACUUCAAGUUUGGGAAUCACAAAGUUCAGAUGAACUGGGUUCACAUAGGAAAUCUAGUGCAAGCUCAUUUACUGGCUGCUGAGGCUCUCACCCCUGAGAAGAGCUAUGUAGCUAGUGGCCAGGCUUACUACAUCCACGAUGGUGAAAAUGUCAUCUUCUCUGAGUGGAUUGUGCCUUUGUUUGAAAAAUUAGGCUACCGGAAACCUUGGAUACAUAUUCCUGUUCUCCUGGUUCAUAUAGCAGCCACUGUGAUGGAAUAUCUGCACCUGAUACUAAAGCCAGUUUUUAGCUUUACACCUUUCUUGACAAGGAAUGAGGUGUGGAAUGUCACAGUAACUCACACUUUCCGAAUAGACAAGGCACGAAAUCAACUUGGUUACAAACCAAAGAAAUUCUCAUUCGCUGAUUCUGUGGAUCAUUACCUAAAAACAAGACCUACCUGCCAAGAAGAUCACACGUUCCUUAAAAUGGUGUUUGUUUUUGGCAUUUUGUUAAGCUUGAUCAUUCUUUCUUUCUUCUAAAAUCAAAUAACCACUCACCUGUUCCAGAAAACUUCAUUAUGUUUCUGAGUAUUAAUUAUCUGGUCAUAAUACAUUCCUCAGCCACUCUGGACUUUGUUAUUCAUAUUACUAUGAUGACACCUCUCUGACCUCAUUAAGAAAGAAAAAAACCAAAGAAAAAACAACUAGAAAAGUGAAAACAUAGGAUGUAUUAGGAAAUGUUCCCCAAGAGCAACACAGUGUUACAGCAAAGGAGGUCACCGCAAAUGUGUGCAGGAAUAGUUUUAAUGGAUCUUCAUUAAGUGAUAUUUCAUGCUGGGAAACGUUUUCUAAAAAUGAUAAUUCAGGAAGGUGAGAAGGUGGAAGAAGAGGAACUGUCACAGGACAACAGUGCUAUAACAAGUCCAGUAGCUCCAGUGAAGAAAAGGGUGACUAAACAACUCUUCUGAUGAAGCCAUGGCUACAGCAACUGUCAGUUAGCCUGAGGAAUUACAGAGACCUGGGAAACAGUGGAAAAAUAUGGAAAGUAAAUAUUUAUAAAUAAUAGGUGAUUGGAGGAAUGAAAAUCAUAUUUAUGUAAAAUAUCUAAAGCUUUGUAAAAAUGUAAUAAAUAUCAUUAUGUGUGUUUGUAAACCAAAUAAUAUCCAUUCAAUGCAAUAAUAAAUAAUAACUGAACCAAAUAACUGAAUCUCCUGUUUUUAAGGAGCUUGUGGGAAGGUGGAAUUCAGCCAGCUGUUACUGCUCUCUGGAGUCACAUUCUCCACAACCCUGUAGCAAUGCUGGCACACACUGUGUGUUCAGGGAAUUGCAUUUUGGGGUGAGCAGAGAAGCCAAGCACCAAGACAGGAGAGAGAAUCCAACCUCUCUCUUUUCCCCUUUCUUAAGUCUCACAUCAGUUGCUUCUUGGGUGAAUUGCACUAUGUGAGCCACCUGUGCUACAUGUACACACCAGGUGUAGCCCAGAUAAACCUUAAAG